AUCCAACAAUUCAACAACUCAACUGCCAUCUCAUAGUCAAGUACACAAUAUCUCGUUCCUUUCUCAAGGUGGGCUCAUCUCGUGCAGACAAAGCCGAGUCGGGAGCGCCGAGACCGGCUACUUUUUUUCCGCUCAGUGACUCAACCAUCUUAUCUCCUCCAGCUUAUAUAGUGGAGAGAGCCCAGUCUAUUAUUUAGGACUCAUACACUGUCAUGGUUCCAACCACUCAGCCCACAAUGGCAUCCUUUGCCCGCAUGGUCAAAGGCCAAGUGCGAUGCUACUCCGCACCGCUGGACAUGGCUAUUCCGGCCUCCAAGCAGCGCUACAUCCCCGCGAGCGGCUCGUACCCCCAGGGCUUCCAGGUAUCUGGCACCCAUGUGGGUGUCAAGGCCUCCAACACGCGUUUCCCGGAUCUGGCCCUGAUUGCCUCGGACACGCCGUGCUCGGCCGCCGCAGUGUUCACCACCAACAAGUUCCAAGCUGCGCCAGUGCAGGUCAGCAAGAAGACACUGCAUAGCCGCAAGGGUGAGGGCAUCCGGGCUGUUGUCAUCAACUCCGGAUGUGCCAAUGCCGUGACUGGCAAGGGUGGACUGGAAGAUGCAGUGCAGAUGGGCCGAAAGGUCGAUGAGUGCAACGGCGUCGAGAAUGAUAGCUCGCUGGUCAUGAGUACCGGUGUCAUUGGGCAACGUCUCCCAAUCACCAAGAUCCUCGACCGCAUCCCAACAGCCCACUCAACCCUCGCCUCAACCCACGAAGCCUGGCUCAUGACAGCCCGCGCAAUUUGCACAACAGACACCUUCCCCAAGCUCCUCUCGCGGACCUUCACCCUCCCCUCCUCGCCAAACCUCACCUACCGCCUGGCCGGCAUGACCAAAGGCGCCGGCAUGAUCCACCCGAACAUGGCCACCCUCCUCGGCGUCGUCUGCACAGACGCGCCCCACGCCGUCUCCCGCUCCUUCAACUCAAUCUCCAUCGACGGCGACACAAGUACAAACGACACAAUCGCCGUGCUGGCCAAUGGCGCCGCAGGCGGCGAGACCGUCCGCGCCCCUACUUCCACUUCCUCCCCCAGCGCAGACUACACAGCCCUGCAAAGCGUCCUAACAGACUUCGCGCAGGAAUUGUCGCAGCUAGUCGUCCGCGACGGCGAAGGUGCGACGAAGUUCGUCACCGUGCGCGUUACCAACUCACCUGACUACGAGUCCGCGCGCCAGAUUGCGUCGACGAUUGCGCGCUCGCCGCUUGUCAAGACUGCCCUGUAUGGACGGGAUGCGAACUGGGGCCGGAUUCUGUGUGCGGUUGGUUAUACGCAGGGUGUUGCUGAGGGUACUAUUGUGCCCGAGCGGACGUCUGUUAGUUUCCGGCCUGUGGAUGGGAGUGCUGUGUUGAACCUUCUUGUUAAUGGGGAGCCCGAGUCUGUUGAUGAGGAGCGGGCUAGUGUUAUUUUGCAGAAUGAGGAUCUGGAGAUUGUUGUUGAUCUUGGUGGUGGUGAGAAGGGGGAUGCUGGGUGUGGUGGAGAGGAUGCUGUUUACUGGUUCUGUGAUUUCAGUCAUGAGUAUGUUACUAUUAAUGGUGAUUACCGGACUUGA